AGAUGCGUAUGGAUGACGCAAUCAUUCCUCCACCAAUGGGAGCGUUACGUCUUCAUUCGUCUGGCCAAUAGAAGCGCGAAGUGAAGAACCUGGCAGCUCGUUGAUGACGUAUGUGAUCUGAAGCACAAAACCGCGUGAAAAUGCUUUUCUACUCGUUCUUCAAAUCCUUGGUUGGCAAGGAUGUUGUGGUGGAGCUCAAGAAUGACUUGAGCAUAUGUGGAACAUUACAUUCGGUUGAUCAGUAUCUGAACAUCAAACUGACAGAUAUCAGUGUCACUGAUCCAGAGAAAUAUCCACACAUGCUGUCGGUGAAGAACUGCUUUAUCCGUGGAUCAGUAGUGCGAUACGUUCAGCUUCCUGCGGAUGAAGUGGACACGCAGCUGCUACAGGAUGCUGCACGCAAAGAAGCUAUGCAGCAGAAACAAUAAUGUGUUUACAUUUGAGAAUAGUUUUUUGUUGGACUGUUCACAAGCAUAAUCUGAGGAGUUUUGUAGAUUAAAUAUGUUUUUCCCUUACCUGAAACUUUUAUGUAAAGUUUGUAUUUUUGUUUUCUCCUUAAUUUCCAAUUUUUUACCUCUGUUGUCAUGAGGCACAAUGCUGAGAGCGAGUGACUUUUUUCAGUUGGUAGUGGUUGUGUGCUUUUAAUAAUGUUUGGAAGGUUCUGUAUUGCAUCCAAAUGACUUUUGUUUUAGUGAAGUUUCUCAAACCUACUAAUAACAGGAAUAAAAUAUUUUCUUCCACUGUC